AUGAUUGAUAUCAAGAAAUUUAUGCGCCCCAAUGUUUAUACGAAGGUGCCUGAUGGAGGCUGGGGCUGGGUGAUUGCCGUGGCCUUUUUCUUUGUGGAAGCCUUCACAUACGGAAUCGUCAAUAUCUUUGGAGUUUUCUUUGAUGAACUCAAAGACUACUUUCAUGAAAGUAACGACAAAGUAUCAUGGAUCUUUUCUAUCUGUGCAUUUGUCUUCACAGUCACAGGUAAGUGGUUUGAAGGAAUAGUUCUUUGGAGGUCAGGUAACCUGACUUUAUAUGAAGGGAUAGAAAAUGCUUUGAUCUACAAGAAUAUGUUACCUGCAGACAUUUAUUUCACAUUUUAGCCCCACUCUCAGGUUAUUUUAGCCAAUCCACAAUUCAGUGAUAAGGGAAUCACCAAAGAAAUACUCAGCAUUAAAUUCAGGUUCUCUUCAUGAAAGGUUUUAUAUUCUAGAAAAAUUAUAUUCUAGGAAGGGUGUAAAAUUGAUGAAAAAAGGCUAUAAUUUUCCUUAAAAUGUGCAAUUCCCAGUUGAGUGAAUAACCCCAUAAAUGUAUUUAGAUUUGUUAUGGAACACUCUUAAUUACAGGAACAAAAGUGUCAUCUGUUUAAUUUUAGCUCCCAUUGCUAGUAUCCUGACCAGUCAGUUUGGACAUCGCCUUGUAGUCAUGGCUGGAGGAUUGCUUUGUAGUAUUGGCAUGCUGGUAACCACAUUUGCAAGCAAUGUGAACACAAUGUACAUCUCAAUUGGCGUUAUGUCAGGUAAGUGCCCCAAUCCCAAAAUCAUACAAAAUUGUACCAAAAAUGUUAGUAAGUGCCCCUCAUUUACAGCUCUUAGUAGAAAAGAAAGAUUAAACCCUCCUUGCUCCUAUGGCCAGCAUUGUGCGACUGAGUGAAAGAACUUUGUAGUGGCAAAACUAACAUUUCCCAGUACAAUACAUUCACACAUGGAAAGUGACAUAAGAUUUCCGUCUGAGGAAGCCUUACCUAAGGGAUCCUGAUAUUUACGUUGGACUUUUGUUCAGUGUAGGACUGACCACUCGGGCAGAUAGGUAAUGGACAGAGGGCCUGAGGCAGAUAGGGGCUAUGCUCUAGUUGAGGGGAAUAAUAAAAACCCACCAAAUACAACUUAGCACAAUAUUUAGGUUAUUGCAAAACACUAAUUAGUCUCUUCAGGUAACGUGAUUCUUUACCAGACAAAGGCAGAACCUAAUAAAGGAAUAUUUAUUAUGAGCAUCAAAUAGUCACAAUACAUACAAAAAAUAGAUGAUAAACAAAUUAUUUUCACCAACAACAGAUAAAAAACUAUAAGGAUAAAAUAAUCACUUACUCAGGUUUUAAAAGUAAAACUUCUGCCCAGGGAGUCUCUGGCAAGGAAGAUGGUGACUCACUCAAAACUAGAUUUUGGCCCCAAGCAAGUUCAAUACGCAUUUCAAUAGCAUUGGAUAUAUACCUUGUGGAUUACCAAGCCUGGCCCAGAGGUUGAGAAAAGGCUAAUCUCUAGAAACAAUAAGUGACCAUCCCCUUGUGUUCCAGACCAACAUGAAUCCAACUAGAAACUUUUUCUUCUAUCUCCUCUUUUGUACGUGCCAACGAAAUAAUAAUUGCAUCUAUGAAUUUGUUACCAUUUUUCCAUUCCAUAGAUACCUCACACUUCUUACUUGUGACCCAAUAUAGCGGACAUCACAAUCCUUUCCCAUAUGGUUAAAUUACGCCAAUCAUGUUUAGGAUUGAUUAGAAGAUUGUGCUUGUCCUAUUCUAAAUAUAAUAAAAAUGAGGCUUAAUUAUUAAACUGUGGGUAAGUAUUAAUGUUUCUUUUAGAUCUAAUACUGGAACACAAGGGUUUUUUUCUUGAAAGCUAAUGAUCAUUAAUAUUUUAAGAAAUUAACUCAUCAAUUAAGAGUUACAGGCCAUAUGGUUGAAGUCAGUUAGUUUACAUUCGAACUAGACAUACAGGCUUUUCAAGUGUUGAAUUUCACAGUCCACCUUGCAGAGCCUUUGAUUAAUCAAAGAAUCAAUCCAUGUUGUAAGUCAUCUGACCCCUUUCACAUUCCUACCCCUUCUGUCAUCUGACCUCUACCAAGUGACCAAUUCAUAUAUGCACUACGUAAAUAUCAUUAAAUGGCAAUAUUCUAUAGUGCAACAAUGAAUUACAAACCCUUGGCAUGACACCUCCUUGUGUAUCAACACUUGUUCUUUUUUUUGCCUUCACACCAUACACUCAUCUUUUUCAUAACACUGUUUAUGUAUGAAUGGGGUAGCCCUCAUGUGUUCGCACACCUCCCCCAAAAAGGCUUGCAUUUAGUCCCUAAGCCAUAUAACAGCCAUAUCCACAACAAACAUGCCUGAUUUGCUUGUUUCCAUUUCCCACUGCUCUCUGGUCACAUCCCUUGGGCCACACCCACUGCACCUAUGUAGAAGCUCUAAGGGGAAGAAAUCAACAGAUUUCUGCAGUACUCCCCUGUAAACACACAAAAGAUGAGACAGAAAACACUCCCAGGACAUUUGCUUGUAUCAACACCCUUCAUCUCUUUUAUUUUGUGGUCUGUCUGCUGGGCAUGUUGCACUAUCUGACUCUGAACCUUUCGUUCAGAAUCAGACAGCUGCUUAGAGACAGACUCCUGCUCCUGAGCUGGAUUGGGUGUAUGUGUGACGUGUGGUGGUGAUAAGGUGACAAGGUCCCUGGUUCCCCUAACAGUAGGCUCCCAUGCGGCCAUCCUCCCUGGACCCACAGGCUGAGUCUGUCCCUGCCCUUCACUUUGGGCAGACUGUGGAUGGGUCGACUUUUCUACCGAUGAAACCACUGUCUCUCCCUCGCUUACACUCCAUGUCCUCACACAAACAGAACCUUGGGAACUGGCUGAGUCUGGCACGGAGUACGGUGCACAAACAUUCUGCUCUCCCUCAUAGCCAUGCUUUCCCUCCACAUUUUUUACACAGCACAUUAAAUACAUUAAUUUGCUUCAGGCACAUUUUUGCACAUAUAUUCAUUCAACCCCCUCUUGCUAGAAGGUUUUUCCUGUAUACUUUCACAGGACACCUUUGACACCCCUUGGUCAGGCACAGAAUGUUGCCCACACUCACAUAAUUUCCUCACCCAGCCAGGCCAUCCUCUCACAUAGAUCCUCAAACUCUCCUGGUUCUCGCAGCCGACCUAUUCCUGGUUGAGGCACAGGUGAACAUACCAACUUAUCCUGCCCGGAUCCCAAUGAGUUAAACCACUUGUGUUUUCACAUGGCAUCUCAAACAUCUCUGGCUCUGGCACAGAUAGGCACACACGCUCAUCCUCCCCUAGCUUCCUGUGAAGUUGUUUUUGCCCAUUCCCACAUGGUAUUGCAGACAUCUCUGGCUCUGGCACAGACUAACACACAAUCUGCCCUCCCAGCGAAGUUGUCAAGAUCUCUUACCUUAUUCCAUCAUGCCCACGUGGUGCAGGAUCCAGGAACUCUUCCAACGAGUUCAGCAUAUCCCACACCGGCCGCUGGAUUCACCCCCUUUUUAUGACAUGACACAUGCGCACCGACGUCAUGACGUCAUUGACACGGCCCCGUGGCCUUAAAGCAAAAGACGCUACCUUAUAAAAGGGGUGCCUUUUGCCUUGUUUCUUGCCCUAUUGUGGUUCUUUGUUUUCCCCUUAGUGCUCUUUGAUUCUUCUUGCAUAUUUACUGUUGUUUUUGUAUACUGAUCCGGCUUGGAUUUUGACGUUCCUGUUUUCUGGUUCCCUGAUCCGGCUUGUAUUUUGACCUCCUGAUUUCUAGUAUUCUGACCCGGCUAUUCUUGUAUCAUUCUCCUGAUCUCUGGUAUUCUGAUUUUUGGCUAUCCUCUGACUACUCUUUUUCACCUACGUUAAAUCCGACCAUUCUAAGGUUCGGUAAUACGUGCUUGGGUUUUUUGUGGGUUUACAUACUGCGUGUUGGGUUCUCACACGACCGUGAUAUUAGAAAAGGGCCAUGGACCCUGCAGGUGUCGACCCACAAGCUUCUGGCCAUGAUGUACGGUUUGAGGAAAUGGACCAGUUUGCCCUUGCUCUGCAAACUUUACUGGCUCGUCCAGCACAUCUGCAAACCGAGGUGCAAAAUCCUAUACCUGUAGUUGCUUCACCUAACCUCGAGGUUGCCACAGUUAAUACGUCCACUCAUAUGACGUCCCCUUUACGUUACAGAGGUGAUCCUAGUGCAUGCCGAGGGUUUUUAAACCAAGUCAGCAUACACUUCAAAUUAAAACCCAGGGCCUACCCCACCAAAAGGACUAGAGUGGGUUUUAUGAUCAACCUACUUGCAGAUAGGGCAUUGAUAUGGGCAAAUCGUUUAUGGUAAAUUAACAACCCCUUGGUAUACAACAAUGCUGAGUUUGUGGCUGCAUUCAAACGAACCUUUGAUCCCCCAGGAAGGUGAGUGAAUGCAGCCAAAACUCUUCUUAAGAUGAAACAAGGAUCCCGUUCUCUUGUGGAGUACGCUUUAGAAUUUCGCACUUAUGCUGCAGAAGUGCGAUGGAACAACUAGGCAUUUGUAGACAUAUUUAUGAAUGGUCUCUCGGAUACCUUGUUGGAUGAGGUUGCAGCUAGGGACUUGCCAGAGUAUUUAGAAGAACUCAUAACCUAUCUGUCCCAUAUAGACAAGAGCCUCAGGCAUAAACAUAACACUAGAGAUCGACCAAGAAGAAACCCAGUACGCUUGACCUUAACGCUCCCAACUUCAGAAACAACCACUGUGGCCAUCCCUGAACCCAUGCUGUUAGGACUCACUAGGUUAUCUGAAGCUGAGAAGUCCUAUAGGAGAAAAGAGGGUCUUUGUCUGUACUGUUCAGGCUUUUACUCCCUAUAACCUUAAAGUGGGAGAAGAGGACUGUCCAUAUGCAUGCCCUUAUCGAUUCUGGGGCUGCAGAAAACUUUGUUGAUGCCACCUAUGCUAAGUCUUAUUUUCUCCCUGUAAGAGAAAGAUCCACACCCUUGGCCAUGGUAGACAACUUAGCAAUCAUGUGACCAUGAUCGUAGGAUUCCUACACUGAGAAAUGAUAAUCAUACAACAGAAUAUAUCCCCAUCCUUUCCAAUAGUGUUAGGAUUUCCUUGGCUCGCUGAACAUAAGCCUCUAAUAGAUUGGGAGUCUAAGGAGAUCAAUAGUUGGAGUCAUUCAUGUAUGGAGGGUUGUGUUUCUAAAGUCAAACCAGUGUGCCUCAUAAACCUUCCCACUAUGGAGGCUUUAUCCACUGAGGUGCCUGAACCAUAUAAAAAACUGAAAGACGUGUUCGAAAAGAAAGAAGCCGAUAAGCAACCACCACAUCGCCCUUAUGAUUGUUCGAUUACUUUACUCCCUGGUACUAUGCCACCCAAGGGUACUGUUUAUCCCUUGUCUCUUAAGGAAAACAUAGUACUAGAGGAAUACAUUAGGGAGAAUCUUUGGAAGUGGUUUUAAACCAAAUCCUCUUCUCCUGCUGGUGCAGGCUUCUUUUUUGUUUAUAAAAAAGAUGGGGAUCUUAGGCCCUGUAUUGAUUUCCAUGGACUUAACAAGAUAACAAUACGUAAUGCAUACCCAAUUCCAUUGAUAUCAGAAUUAUUCGAUAGGUUUAAAGGGGCAUCCAUAUUUACUAAACUUGACCUGCGAGGGGCUUACAAUCUGGUCCGAAUCAAGGAGGGAGAUCAGUGGAAAACAGUGUUUAAUACACAAUACGGGCAUUAUGAGUACACCGUUAUGCCAUUUAGUUUAUGUAAUGCCCCAGCUGUUUUUCAGGACUUCAUAAAUUAUGUUUAAGGGAUUAUUUACAUGAAUUUGUUAUAGUGUAUCUGGAUGAUAUAAUCAUCUUUUCUAAAUACCUUGAAAGUAAUGAUAACCAUGUGAGACGUGUUCUUUUGCGAUUUCUCGAAAAUGGAUUAUAUUGUAAGCUGGAGAAGUGCCUUUUUGACAUAAAAGAAGUACAGUUCUUGGGAUAUAUAAUAUCUGGUACAGGUUUUAGAAUGGAUCCAAAAAAAUUAGACUGGCCGUUGCCGAUAUGAUUGAAAGCCAUUCAACGCUUCUUGGGUUUUGUCAAUUAUUAUAGGAGGUUAGUUAAGGGGUUCUCAUCCAUAACAGCCCCCAUUAACUCCAUGACUAAAAAAGGAGCAACUCAACAAGAAUGGGCUCCUGAAGCUCUUGCUGAAUUUGAAACAUUAAAAAGGGCUUUUACUUCGGCUCCUAUUUUGGCACAUCCUGACCCUUCUUUGCCUUUUUUGUUGGAAGUAGAUGCUUCCGAGUUCAGUGUAGGGGCAGUUCUCUCCCAAAGCUCAGCAGCUGAUUUACCCCUUCAUCCUUGUGGUUAUUUUUUUAAGAAAUUAACUGACACUGAAAAAUGAUAUGACAUUGGGGACAGGGAGUUGUUGGCUAUAAUCAUGGCCCUGAAGGAAUUGAGACAUGUGUUAGAGGGAUCCUCCAUUCUUGUAACAAUCCUCACAGACCAUAAAAACUUGUCCUGUUUUGGAGAAGCGAAGAGGCUAUCAGAUAGGCAAGCACUUUGGUCUCUGUUCUUGUCUCAUUUUAAUUACAUUGUGACGUACAGACCUGUAACCAAAAAUACGAAGGCUGAUGCUUUAUCACGACAAUCACAAAGAUCAGGCUAGUCCCGAACCCCAAUUACAGUUGAUUGUCCCUAAUGAAUGCUUAGUGGCCACUACUAAAGUACAGAUUAAAUCAGCACUGAUAGAGUUAUUAGAAAACCAAAAGGAUCAAGCUCCAGAGGAUACACCUCCUAAUAAGUUGUACAUCCCUACAGAACAUAGAGAAUCCUUUCUCUCUCUCAUGCAUGGGUCUAUGAUAGCGGGUAAUUUGGGUAUCCACAAAACUGAAGCUCUUCAAUCCAAACCAUUCUGGUGGCAUUCUUAUAGAAAAGAUGUUUGCGAUUAUGUAAAAGCUUGUAUUGUUUGUGCAGCUAACAAGUCGUUACACAAACAACCCUGUGGUUUAUUACAACCUUUGUCAAGUCUGGCAAUGGAUUUUGUAGUAGACCUACCUGUAUCCGAAAAGAUGACGGUGAUACUGGCAGCCAUUGCUAGUUUUCCUAAAAUGUCUCAUUUAAUUCCUCUACCUAAACUUCCUACCUCCUCCGAAUUGGCCACUAUAUUCAUCAGAGAAAUAUUUCGGUUGCAUGGUUUACCCACGGAAUUCGACUCAGAUAGAGGGCUACAAUUCAUAUCCCGUUUCUGGAGGCCUUUUUACAAACAAUUGGGCAUCGAACUAUGCCUUUCUUCCUCAUAUCACCCACAAACAAACGGUGCUGCAGAAAGAAUGAACCAAGACCUCGAACAAUUCUUACACUGCUUCAUCAAGAUAAUUAAACAUCAACAUCACAUGUGAACAUCAAGAUAAUUAAAUUCCUGCCUUGGGCAGAAUUCGCACAUAAUAACCAUAUACAUCAAUCCACCCAACAUAGUCCAUUCUAAAUAAAUGAUGGGGUUAACCACGUUAUACUAUCCAAAACCUCUCCUAUCACUGAAGUACCUGUUGUUGAGGAAAGGGUAAAAGAAAUUCGUAAGACAUGGAGCUGUAAUGCACAAAACCUAUGCUGACAGGCGGUGAUCUGCAGCCCCUGUGUACGUAGAGGGUGACAGGGUGUGGUUAAGCACCAAGAAUAUUAGGUUACAGGUGCCAUCUAUGAAAUUUGCACCUCAUUACAUUGGUCCAUUUAAGAUCCUGAGGAGGCUCAGUCCCAUUUCUUAUAAAUUGCUUUUACCGUCUACAUUAAGAAUACCUAAUGCCUUUCAUGUUUUAUUGCUCAAGCCUUUGUUGUGUAACCAUUACACUAAGCCUAUCCCAAGGCCUUCCCCUUAAAUUCCAGGCUUUCUCAUUGUAGGCUCAUUGUCCAUGCUCCUCGAUUGGUCCGUUCUUUCCCUGCUCGAUUCACGGAUCUGCCUGGUCCUUCCCGCCCGGUGGGCGGUUUUGGGGGAGGGGGUACUGUCACAAUCUCUUACCUUUUUCCAUUGCGCCCACGUCGUGCAGGAUCCAGGACAGACUGCUCUUCCAUCAAGUUCAGCAUGUCCCACACUGGCCACUGGAUUUACUCCCCUAUUUAUGACAUGGCGCAUGCGUGCCUAUGUUAUGACGUCAUUGACGCGGUCCCUCGUCAUCAAUACCAUCUCAGAACAUUUUCGGGCGUGGCCUUGUUCCUUGCCCUAUUGUGGUUCCAUGUGUUCCCCUUAGUGCUCUUUGAUUCUUCUUGUAUAUUUACUGUUGUUUUUUGUGUACCCGGCUUGGCUUUUGAAAUUCCUGUUUUCUGGUUCCCUGACUCGGCUUGUAUUUUGACCUCCUGAUUUCUGGUAUCCUGAACUGGUUAUUCUUGUAUCGUUCUCCUGAUCUCUGUUAUUCAGAUUUUUGGCUAUCCAUUCUAAGGUUCGAUAAUGUGUCCUUGGGUUCUCUGUGGGUUUACAUUCUGCGUGUUGGUUAUCAGGGGAGGGCUGGCAGCCUUAGGCCUGGGUGCAAAUCCAGUCAAGUGUCCCAUUGCACCAAGAAGAGAGUAAAAACACCUUUCCCAUGUGAUUGAAAGGGGGAGGGGGAGUCGCCUAAACAGACACUCACUGACAGGCACAUGCACACACACACUGACAGGCACACAGACACACACAAAAAGACACACUGUUACAGACAUACUGACUCAGACAGACAGGCAUACUGGUUGACACACACACACACACAGGCAUACUGGCUGACACACACACACAGACAAACUGGCACACACACAGAGACAUACAGAAAGACACACUGUUACAAGCAUAGUGACUCAGACAGACAGACAUACUAACACACAUACACAUACUGGCUGACACACACACACAGACAAACUGGCAAACACACAGACAAACUGGCACACACACAGGCAUACUGGCGCACACACAGACAGACAUACUGGCACACACACACACACAGACAUGCUGACACACACACAGACAUACUGACACACACAUAGACACCCAAACUUUACACUUUUAAAACCAGUAGACAUGGGCGUCCGUAGGAAUUUUUCCAGGGGGGGGCAUAAUUGUAAUGACAUCCAUGCUUGGUACCUUUUUGACAGUGUCAUGAAAGGGAAGGGGCAUAGCCAUUAUCACAUAAAGCCAGGGUGAAUAGCGUUUUCACAACUAUGGUGUCAGGAAUAUAUGUUUGUAUUCCUGACACUAUAGUGUUCCUUUAAGCAAAUUAAAGGACAUUUCUGGUCACCAUAACAACUUCACCUAAAUGAAAAUGCUAUGAUGCCAGGAAGCCCCUGGGUGCUCGCUUUCCUUUAAGGGGUUAAAUCGCUCUCAAAUGGUUUAACCCCAAAGGCUUCCUCCAGCUCCAGGUCGCUCAGUGGUAUUUGGCUUCUGAAACAGAGUGUCAGGAAGUGCAGACUGACAUCAGGCAUGGGUGCCGCUGAUUGGCUAGAGUGGUCAGUUGACGCUCUAAGCCAAUCGCUAGUUCCCGGUUCAUAAAAUAUUUUUACUUUUUUAUGAAUGGGGAGGUACUGAUUGGCUUAGAGUGCCAGCUGACCGAUCUAGCCAAUCAGCAACACCCCUACCCAACGGCACUCUGUGCUUCCUGACACUCAGUAAAUAAAAGUGAACACAUUAACACGGAUAUUUUUUUACCUUUGGAGAUGAGAAGGUCCAGCGUUUCCCUGCCAGGCCCAGGUACCAAAGUCUUAUGAUGUGGUGUCCAGAAUAAAGUAGAGGGUUCACUUCAUUUGUCCUUCCUGCUCCAAUCUCCUUUUCCUCUCCUUCAUUUGACAGUCUUUUUUUUUUCUUCUGACAUUGUUUUCUAUCCUUGGCCCCUACUGCUCUUUUACCUUUCUGCUACUUUCUGCUUAUUUUGCACCCUUCUGCUCCUUUCUCAUUCUGAUCCCUUUCUGCUCCCUUUUCUACUUUACCUUUGUGCUCCUUGCUGUCCCUUUCUGCUCUUUCUCCUACUUUACCUUUGUGCUCCUUGCUGUCCCUUUGUGCUCCUUCCUGCUCCUUGCAGGCCCUUCCUGCUCAUUCUCCUACUUUAUGUUUGUGCUCCUUCUGCCCCUUCCAGCUAAUUUCUGACCCUUUCUGCUCCUUCUACUUUACCUUUGUCCUGCUUUACCUUCCAGCUCAUUGCUGACUCUUCCUGUUCAUUUCUAUAUAUCUAUAGGCUGCUGCCUCCCCAAAUCUAUAGGCUGCUGCCCCCUCCCCCAAAUCUAUGGGCUGCUGCCCCCAAAUCUAAAGGCUGCUGCCCCACCCCCAGCCCAUACGCGCCUAAAUCUAUAUAUUGCCGCCUCCCUAAAUCUGAUAGGGCUGCUGCCCCAAAUCUAGCACAAGCUGCCCCCAAAUCUAUGGGCUGCCGCCCCCAAAUCUAUAGGGAGAGCCGCUGCCCCCUCCCCAAAAUCUAUGGGCUGCCCCAAAUCUGGUGGUUGCCGCCCCCAAAUCAUUAGGGCUGCCGCCCCUCCCCCAAAUCUAUAUUGCCGCCCCCAAAUCUAUGGCCGCCCCCAAAUCUAUAGCCGCCGCCCCAAAUCUGUUAGCUGCCGCACCCCCCAAAUCUGGGGUAUUACGCCUCCCCCCAAAUCUGGUUGCCGCCCCCUAAAUUCCAGCGGCCGCCGCCCCAAAUUCAGAAGCUGCUGUUCCCUCAAACCCCCCGACCCCCCGCUUACCUGAUCUGUAGGCUGUCUCUGGCUGCAUGUGUUGUUCCCCUGCGGUUUCAAUCAGCAGAGAGAAGCAGGGAUAGAUGCAGCUUCCUAUCCCUGUCUCUCUCCAUACACAGCGCCACCUACUGGCCGGCGCCGGUAUUGCAGUUCAUUUUAAAUCUCACACAAAAUAGCAGAACAAGCUGAAAAAUCCAGGGGGGGGGGCAAGUGCCCCCCCUUCCCCCCCCUGCGGACGCCCAUGCCAGUAGACAGGGGCUGAGUAAGGGGACAGGGCUGUAGUGGGGGGGUGGACAGGGGCUGUAGUUGAGAGUAUAAGCCAAGGCAAUUGGGGCCAUUCAGGGAAAUGUAGGGAUAGGCUGGAAGUAGGUUGAUGGCUACAAUUUGGGAAAGGGGCUGUGGUCUGGGUGAUAUGGGUUGCAACUGGGGGAGAGGAGCUGUAGUGGGGAUGUUAUGGGGCUGAGGAAGGGGGCAGGAGCUGAUAGGGGGGAAAGGAGCAGGGAAAGGGUGGGACAGGUGCUGAGAGGGGGCAGGGGCUGAGGAAGGGGAUAGGGGCUGAGGAAAGGGACAGUGGUUGGGCAAAAGAGGACAGGGGCUGAGGAAGGGAACAGGGGCUGAAGAAAGGGACAGGGGCUGAGCAAGGAGACAGAGGCUGAGCAAGGAUAUAAGGGCUGAGGAAGGGGACAGGGGCUGAAGAAAGGGACAGGGGCUAAGCAAGGAGACAGAGGCUGAGCAAGGAGACAGAGGCUGAGCAGGGGGAUAAGGGCUGAGGAGAGCACAGGGGCUGAGGAGGGGACAUGGGCUGAGGAGGGGGGGACAGGGGCUGACUAAGGGGACAGGGCUGAGGAAAGGGCCUGGGGCUGGGCAAAAGAGGACAGGGGCUGAGGAAGGGGACAGGACUGAUGAAAGGGAAAGGGACAGGGGCUGAGCAAGGGGGAAAGGGGCUGACUAAGGGGACAGGAGCUGAGGGAGGGCGGGGGCCGACUAAGGGGACAGGAGCUGAGGAUGGGACACAGGGGCCGAGCAAGGGGACAGGGGCUGAGGAAGGGGGCACAGGGGCCGAGCUAGGGGACAGGGGCUGAGGAAGGGGGCACAGGGGCCGAGCUAGGGGACAGGGGCUGAGGAGGGGGUACAGGGCUGUGGAGGGGGGACAGGGGAUGAGGAGGGGACAGGGCUUAGGAGGGGGGACAGGGGCUGAGGUAGGGGACAGACAUACUAACACACAUACACAUACUGGCUGACACACACACACAGACAAACUGGCAAACACACAGACAAACUGGCACACACACAGGCAUACUGGCGCACACACAGACAGACAUACUGGCACACACACACACACAGACAUGCUGACACACACACACACAUACUGACACACACAUAGACACCCAAACUUUACACUUUUAAAACCAGUAGACAGGGGCUGAGUAAGGGGACAGGGCUGUAGUGGGGGGACAGGGGCUGUAGUUGAGAGUAUAAGCUAUAAUUGGGGGUCUAGGAAAUGUAGGGGGGAUAGGGGCUGAAGUAGGUUGAUGGCUACAAUUUGGGAAAGGGGCUGUGGUCUGGGUGAUAUGGGUUGCAACUGGGGGAGAGGAGCUGUAGUGGGGAUGUUAUGGGGCUGAGGAAGGGGGCAGGAGCUGAUAGGGGGGAAAGGAGCAGGGAAAGGGUGGGACAGGUGCUGAGAGGGGGCAGGGGCUGAGGAAGGGGAUAGGGGCUGAGGAAAGGGACAGUGGUUGGGCAAAAGAGGACAGGGGCUGAGGAAGGGAACAGGGGCUGAAGAAAGGGACAGGGGCUGAGCAAGGAGACAGAGGCUGAGCAAGGAUAUAAGGGCUGAGGAAGGGGACAGGGGCUGAAGAAAGGGACAGGGGCUAAGCAAGGAGACAGAGGCUGAGCAAGGAGACAGAGGCUGAGCAGGGGGAUAAGGGCUGAGGAGAGCACAGGGGCUGAGGAGGGGACAUGGGCUGAGGAGGGGGGGACAGGGGCUGACUAAGGGGACAGGGCUGAGGAAGGGGGCAGGGGCUGACUAAGGGGACAGGGCUGAGGAGGGGGGACAGGGUUUUGACUAAGGGGACAGGGCUGAGGAGGGGGGACAGGGGCUGAGGAAGGGUGAAAGGGGCUGACUAAGGGGACAGGAGCUGAGGGAGGGCGGGGGCCGACUAAGGGGACAGGAGCUGAGGAUGGGACACAGGGGCCGAGUAAGGGGACAGGGGCUGAGGAAGGGGGCACAGGGGCCGAGCUAGGGGACAGGGGCUGAGGAGGGGGUACAGGGCUGUGGAGGGGGGACAGGGGAUGAGGAGGGGACAGGGCUUAGGAGGGGGGACAGGGGCUGACUAAGGGGACAGGGACUGAGGAGGGGAAUAAAAAAUCUAAAGUGUAUUUCCCCCCUCCCUGAGUCUUACCUUAGGUCAGGAAGGGGUGGGCAGCAGCCAGCAGGAGCAAGGAGCAGCAGUCAGUGAAGUAGGCCUCUCCUGAUGAUAGCAGGAGGAGGGGGCGUUACUUCCUCUGCUCUUCUCCCAGAUUCCCCAGUGGUCCUGAGAGAAGAACAGUGAAAGUCACGCCCCCUCCUUCUGACAUCAACAGGAGAGGCCGGCCGACUCCACUGGCUGCAGGCUGCAGGGAGAGUGAGUUACGUUGAAAAAUCUGAGUCCUCAGCCAGAGGCAGGGGAUUCAGAUUUUUCCUUUGUUUGCUGGAUGCAAACGGCCCUCGGUUUAAUGCAGCCUGGAGGGCAAUUGCCUCUCUGCCCCCCUUCCCAGACCGCCCCUGUUGGUUACCACAUGACCGUGAUAGAAGUUGUCCUUGCAAUCUUUCACCAGGCACCACAGACACCUCUGGUUCUGGCACAGUCUGGCAUGCAUGCUCAUUCUGCCCUAGAAAAAUUUCACCUGGUAACACAGACACCCCUGGUUCUGGCACACAUGCUCUUUCUGCCCUUCCUCCCAGCAAGGUAUUCUACAUACACUUUUACAUACUGCCCUCCACACAGUAGGGCCCCUACGAGGCUUAGGUUGAUAACACAUAUUACUUUUAGGCACAUACUUGGAUAACAAUCUACUUAAGUCAGUACCAAGUAAUACAUUUGCAGGGAUGUUCUCAUCUACCCCCACAUCUCUGAAACCCGUCCCCACUCCCCAAUCCAAAUAAACCUGUGCCAAUUCCUGCCCCAAUUCCUUUAACUGCUAGAGUCCUGACAGGAACUAAGUCCUCAGAACACACUAGCUCUGGACGCACAAGAGUAACAUCUGCCCCAGUGCCCCUGAGUCCCACAGUUAACUCCUUUCCGACUGUCACAGGUUGCAGAUUCAAAUUGUUGACAGUGAGGCCAGUGGUUCUGAGGAGCGUCCCUCCCCAGGUGAUGAUGGUAGCUACCAUUUCCCAGAGCAAGUAAGACUAAUGUGCCCCACUUAUAAAUAAAACAUCUGUGACUAUCUCCUUGCUCAAAAUUUGGCGCCAGCUCACCCGCCUCCAAUGCUGUUUUGGGGAUCCGGUCCAGCAGCCAUUCUUGUACAUCGGCUGGGCAGAGCUGCAAAAAACUGUUCUUUAAUAAUCAACUCUUCCAGAUUUCUAGAGUUUUAAUCUCCAACCCUCUAGUCCAUUGCCGGAAUGCUGUCGCCAGGUGUUCCACAACUACUUUGCAGAACUUUCUUCUGCAAAGUCCUGAAUUUCUUUUGGUACACCUCAGGAGUAAGGUUGUACCGUUUCUGCAAGGCAGCCUUAAUCGUAUCAUACUCCUGGUCAGACUUUGCUGGAAGCGUUGCAAAUGCUUCCAGUGCAGGACCUCUGAGACCAGGGGUGAGGUACCUUGCCCACUGGUCCUUUUGUAGCUAGUACUACCUGCAAACCUUUUUUACUGCGCAUGAAAACAUCCAGAUCCCCAUCUUUAUCCAUAGUUCGAAAAUUCUCUGCAUGUGGUUUGGGUGCAGAAGAGUCUCUGGAAUUAAUACUCUUAAUUAAUAAAAUCUUUCCAUCUCGACCAUUUUUAGCUCAUGCUCUCUGGUAGCUUGGUGCUCCACAGCCUCUCUCUCAGCUUUGCCCUCCCUCUCGGCUUGGAGCUCAGCAGUCUCUCUCUCUCUCUCUCUCAGUUUGGUGCUCAACAGCCUCUCUUUCUCUCUCAAAGUGAAUAAACAAUUGGGUGCGAGCACACAAAAACUUAUAAAAUAUCACAAACAUGCAAGUUACCAUAAAACAGGAUAUAACCUAAACAAAACAAGAGACAACAGAUCAUAGUGAAAUCAGUAUAAAAUACUUUAAAACAAGUGAAAGCAAAUUAAUCUCACUCACGUGGCACUGAGCCGUUUGUAGUGGGCUCAGACUUUAAGCGCCUUGGGAUAUAUGUAGUUGGUUGCUGAGAUCAAGUACUGGAAUCAGAUACUGGAAUAUUCAGCUGGAUACUAAAACUCCCUCUUAGGUUAUCAGUAAACACCAAAAAAAGGGGGGGGAGGGGGGGUGGUAAAGGUAGCCAGAACAAACUUUAAUAAGUAUGUUAAAAAUAUAUUGUAAAAUAAAAGAUCUCUCAUAAACAACCGGACUGACGCGUUUCGACAACAGUCUUUCUCGAAGUGCUUGGUAAUGUCUUUCUUAAAUAUACCAAAAGGGCGCGUUUUAUUUCUCUGCCUGUUAUCUUCGCUGUAUCGGAUACGUCACUUCCGGGUGCAUCAUUUCCAGGUCAGCGUGUAGUGCACAUCUCUAGUUGGUGACGUAUUUCCAGCUUAUCUGAUCACAUGAUGAAAUUAGAUCCGACAAUCCGGCAUGAAACUUGUUGGAGUAAUUCUUAUCAAUGCGCAUGUACGUUAACUUGUAAACAAAGUCCAACAUAGAUCUAUACAUUCUAAUAAUUGGAAGAAGAGUUGGCAUAAUGCAUCCAUAAAAGCAAUAUAUAUAAUUAAUUAAAAUGUAAAUAAACAUUCCAUAAAAUAAAGAUGUCCUCAAAAACAUGAUAAACAUUCCAUAAGAUAAAAAUUUCCUCACAAACAUGAUAAACAAGAGGAAAGAAAGGGGAGAAAAGUGGGUAAAUAUAUAAAGAUAAAUAAUAAUCUUAAUAAAACACACCAAUAUUCAUAAAGCCCAUAUAUAAAAAUAAAUAUAUCAAUUAGAGGAGUGUUUAAUAAAACAAAUGGUUACAAAAGAAGUUAUUUCAAAGUCCACAUUCAAACCUUUAGGAGUUAGAGUGUCACGAUUAAACAUCCAUCUCAUCUCGAAUUUUCUUAACAUUUUAUCUUUACAACCCCCCUCCAGUGGACUUUAAAUUUUUCUAUCCUUAAAAAUUCUAAACCUUCCGGGCUUCCUCCAUGUUUUUCGCCAAAAUGUUUUGAUACACUACGGUUCAAAAAUUAAUUUUUUAUGUUUUUCGUCAAUCUCUUUUUAUUGAAUUUUUCAAUUUUUAAAUAUACCCUUGCGGGUCAUGUAACACAAACAUAUACUUGUUUUGCAAUAUAAGGUUAGCAUUAGUGUUAGAACAGGAAUGACCCGUUAAGAUUAUGGACCAGCGCUGGUACAUUAUCAGGAGUGUGUGAACUGCUCCGGGAGGAUGGCUGCGUGAUAUGGGUGGGCUUAAUGCAACCUGAACAGGUUGUGGAUUCAGGGCCUCCUUCUAAACUUACCCUAAGCCCGGGAGGGCCCGAUGGGGUGGGGGGAAGGGUUGGGAACGUAGCGGCAGAUUCCUCCUUCUAAAGGGGAACCGGUAAACUGGGAAUGUCUUGGGGCUAACAAGAUAGACGCAUCUCAGUGUCACAUAUUCAUCCGCUUAUAAAAUGUGGUUAAUGACAUUUACUGUCCACAUAGGAAAAGAUGUGCCGAGCAGCAACCAAAUCCACAGAAGGGUUAAUGCUGAGCAGCAAUUAUACAAAUGGGAACCUGGUAACUGCCUUUGGGGUCAAAGGCCGGUUACAGCCUAUCAGAUCUAGAGGAGGGGUAUUUAGGCCCAGUUCUCAUCCUGCUCAGUGCCCUGUCGUGGUUUCCCUUGUGGUUGUCCGAGAGCGCGUUAUUGAUUCUGGUAAUUCUGGUUAUUUGACUUUGGCAUUGUUAUUGACUUCCCUGUUUUCUGGCAUCCCUGACUCCUGGCUUUUCCUUAUCGUUGUGUCUCUUUCUGUUUCCCGUGACCUCAGCUAUUCCUGACUAUUCUUUGGGACGUCAGUCCGGCCAUUCUAAGGUCCGGUAUACGUUACUUAUCAGUCCUCUGUGCUACGUGCUGGAUCAUUCUGUAAUCCUGACACUCAGCUGGGUGUAAACUGUGUGUGUCCUGGUUAUGAUUGUGUCCGGGGGAGUCAGGUAUCCGCUGCGUUUCUUCAGUUGGCAUCCUGCGCGGGUGCAGGAAGGCCCAGUGCCUUGCAGAAUGUCGGAAACUCUGCUAGUGUGGAGAGUUUAUGGACAGUUCCCCUGUGUGUGACCACCAGGAACCUGGGGGAUCUCCAGUGAUAUUCCAGUCCCGCUUCUCUGAUGGUGCUGGUGACCAGGUGGUCUUGAUAGACUAUGAGUUGUGCGCCUUCAAAUGUUAAUGGUGUCUUGUCCCGGAGAGCUGUUAUCAGGCUGUUUUUGUCUUGGGAGGUGGUGCAGCGUACAAUCACAUCUCGAACAGUGUUUGGGGCUGCUCUGCCUGAGGAUGGUAGGCGGUAUAUCCCGUCUGGGGUAAAUUUUUUGGCAUGCAUUGGCGGCAGGACAGUGGCUACGAGGCGCCUCAUAUAGUGAGGCAGUUCGUCAGAUGUGAUGGUGUCUGGUACUCUCCUGAUCUUAAGGUGGUUGCGCCUUGUUCUGUCAUUAAGGGCGGUAUAGUGGAGAGAGAGUGCUUGCUGUUGGGCUUGUAGGGCCAGGACCAAGUCAUGUAGGGUUGUCAAUCCCUGCUUAAUGCCGGACAUAUCAUCCUCUGUGGACUGCACCCUGUCGGCAAUAGCCUGUACAUCUGUUUUUAUGGAUGCUAUACUGGAUGCCAGGAGGGUUUUGAGUUCCCCGACUAGGUUCUGAAAGUCCCGCUGGGUAACUGGGGCAGACCCAUCUGGUAUCCCUUUGGGUGUCUGUGCCCUUUCUGGGGGUUGGUCUGGCGGCAUGGGGUCUAUCCGUAAAAAUUUAUUUUUUAUAUUAUUGAUAGCCUGAGCCUAAUCCAGUCCGAAACCUACCUUACCCGCUCCAGCGAGUCGGCCGGUAUCGAUUGAUGCCUUUCUUUAUCUCCCAGAAACUACCCCAAAGGAGACACAGUUCUCAGGCCUACUGCAUUCCGACAAUGGGCCGAUUGCUCACAAAAAACCUACUCCUCAACAGAGAACAGAGAUAUUGGAGAGAUGCUCCAGAGGCCUACUCCACACAAACCCGCGCCCACUGAAGCACUACAAGUGGAAGCACCUGACCCUCACCUGAUCCGGGAACAACAGGGAGAGGACACUCCACAGCCUCUUUUGCAGGACUCCUCAGAUGACUUGAUCCCGUCUACCAAACGGGACUUGAAAAUCCAGCUGGCAGAUAUACAUAAACUGCUGGCUGCCGAUUCCGCCCUUAUAAAGACGGAGGUGCAAGCGGUCACAGAGCGGAUGAGAGCCACAGAGGAUGUAAUGGUGGAAGUGCAGACCCACCUGUCUAAACUGGAUAAAUCAAUGCUACAGAUCCAGACUACUUAGCAAACCUUCACACACAAACUGGCAGCGGUGGAAGACCACCAACGACGUACCCAUAUCAAGAUACGGGGUAUCCCAGCUACAAUCACGGCGGAGGAACUGCCACAUUAUAUCCGCCGACUUCUAGCCAUAAUCCUGUCCCACACGUGGUGAAAAAAAUCACCAUCAACUGAGUCUCACCAGCACUACACCGCUCCAACCCACACUGGCUCGUGAUGUAAUUCUCAGAUGUCUUACCAUUCAAGACAAAAUUCAGAUCAUGUCGGCUCUAAGGGGCAAGACACCACUACUGUUUGAAAGCUCCACUCUCACGUUCUACCAAGAUCUCACAAAGACCACCCUCCUCCAACGCAAAGCUUUUGGCACUGUCACUGCUGAACUCCCCCAUCCUUCGUCCCAAGGGGAUCCAGAUCACAGAGAGCAGCCCCAUGACCACUAGAUAAAAGGAACAAUUGAAGGGCCUGCAAGGACUUGCGGACCAAAUAACAGCCUACUUUUUAAAGGCUUAUCAGGCCAAAGUUAUUAGUGGUAUUCUAUUUUAUUUUUUGGGUUUCUUUUAACAAAUGUUGUUCCUGGCUUCAGAAGUGAUGCCACCACCACAAGGCACAAAUACAUUAGCUAUACACAGCAACUCACACCCUCAACACUCCUCCAGCUCUACUCUCCCACCCCUGCGGCCCCCUUGGAUAGAGGCACCCAUCCUGGAUGGCAGGGGCCUUGCUUUAACACUCUAUUGGGGCACGCUAAGACAUCACCCAGUCUUUCACUACAAAUGCCCAGCAACACACCACAAGGCAACCUGCACAUCUCCUUCACAAGCUUGACCGACUCAUGUUACUCACACCUUAUAUGCUGUCUAAUGUCUCGCCACACUGCACAUACGCCCUUACGCUAGAGAUGCAUAUACUCGCUGACACACCGGGGACAGACCUAACUGGCUGUACACAGGACAUUCUACAUGUCAUCUGCUCUCUUUAACCUCCUCCUUUGGCCUUAAGCAAUGGCCAAUUUAGCAACCCAUACAGCAGGAAAUGCUCUUGGUCUCGCCUUCACCAAUCUCUGUACCGCCUCUAAUCUUUCCAAUAUUCCUUUUCCUCUAUCUGACCAUCAUCUGCUGACAUCGGCAUACCCAAGACCCAAUUGACACCACUGUCUGAACAUAAUCUCACAGAAACCUAAAAUUUUUUGACCUAGAGCAUUUCUCCACUAAUUUCCAAACACUGCUUUUAUCUAUCUCAAACCUCACCUGUCCUAGCUCUGCAACCUCCUUCUACAAUUCCACCCUCUCCUCUCAACUAGACAUAAUGGCACCUCCUACAUUUAAAUGCAGCAGGCGCUCCCAACAACAAUCUUGGCACACCAAGCUGACUCGAUACCUCCAAAAAUGCUCCAGAACUGCUGAACGCUGUUGGAGAAAGUCUCACUGUGCGUCUGACUUUCUCCACUAUAAAUUUAUGCAGCGCUCAUACAGCUUGGCUCUUUCCUCUGCAAAAGUAAAUUACUUCAAUACCCUCAUAAACCACACUCUCCUGCAAACCCAAAUGACUAUUUCACACAUUUAACUCUCUUCUUUGCCCUAUUGUUCCUCCUCCACUUUCUAACUUGACCGCCUCAGACAUUGCAACUCACUUCACUGACAAGAUCUCUACAAUCAGGGAAGAGAUCUAUCACCUUUCUUCUUCCCCUUACAAUACUUCCCCUAACCUCACUCCCUCUGCUGUUCUAUGUUCAUUUGCACCCGCUACAGUGGAAGAGGUUUCUGCUCUGCUCCAGUCCUCCCGCCCCACCACCUGCUCCCUAGAUCCAAUUCCCUCGCAUCUAAUUCCCUCAAUCUCUCUCUCUCUCCUCUGGCAUAUUUCCAUCGCCCUUCAAACAUGCAACUAUAACCCCAAUUCUAAAGAAGCCCAACCUUGACCCUAACUCCCCAUCCAACUACCAUCCUAUCUCGCUACUGCCUUUUGCAUCCAAGAUCCUUGAAAGAGUUGUGUAUGCAAGAUUGACAGACUUCCUCAAGUCCAACUCUCCGCUAGACCCGCUUCAGUCUGAUUUCCGCGCUAAGCACUCUGCGGAAACUGCACUGACAAAAGUAUCCAAUGAUCUACUCGCUGCAAAAUCUCGUGGUCACUACUCUAUCCUAAUUCUUCUUGACCUGUCUACGGCUUUUGACACUGUUGAUCAUCAACAGCUUCUUCUCAUCCUCCAUAAUAUCGGUCUACAAGAUAUUGCUCUCUCCUGGUGCUCUUCCUACCUCUCCCAGCAUUCUUUCAGUGUUUCUUUCUCUGGCUCUGCUUCUUCUCCCCAACUCCUCUCUGUUGGUGUACCCCAAGGUUCAGUCCUUGGUCACCUACUGUUCUCUAUCUAUACUGCCUCCCUUGGUAAACUCAUUAGCUCCUUUGGCUCCCAAUAUAAUUUCUAUGUGGAUGACACGCAAAUCUACCAGUCUUCUCCUGAUCUCUCCCCAUCCCUCUUGACUAGUGUCUCUGACUGCCUCUCUGCUAUUUCUAACUGGAUGCUUGCCCACUUCCUUAAACUCAACUUGACCAAAACAGAAAUUCUGGUCUUUCCUCCCUCAAGUGUUGCUACUCCUGUGUCUCCCUCCCUCCAAUUCAACGGUGCUACCAUCAGCUCAACAUCGCAGGCUCACUGCCUAGGAGUUCUCUUUGACUCCGACCUCUCCUUCACGCCUCAUGUUCAGUCUAACGUCAAAUCCUGCUGCUUCCAUCACAAAAACAUUGCGCCCAACUUAACGCCAGAUGCGACUAAGGUGCUGGUCCAUUCCACUGUCCUUUCUCGCCCUGACUUCUGUAAUCUGUAUUUAUCUUCCUCCUGUUCAUAUACGGUGGCCCUAAAAAAAGAGGAAUAUAAAUACUCCUAUGAAGAGAACACGAGAAAUUGAAGAGGGGGAAAUAGAGGACGAAAGAGAAAGGAAAAGAAGAGAAAGGAAGAGAAAGGAAAAUAAAGAGGAUUUAGAAAAAAAGCCCAUACUAAUUUUUAACCUUUCGAAAUUUAUUUUUACCAGAUACCCAUAUGUCAGUUAUAAGGAAAGGUUUUAAAUUCGCACCUAGCUGUGGUGCUGAUAAGUUCGAAAGUUUUUUUAGAUCUUAACAGGUUUUACGUAAACUAUGCUUAAAAAAGUUUUAAAACUUUUUUAUGGAAAAAGAAGAAAUAAUUGAAGUUAAUUAUAAACACACUGAUUUAAAACAAAAUUCUUCUUUUUAUCCAUACAAUCAAAAAUCUGAUGCAAUGAAAAAUUUUUGAAAAUUGUGUUUUAAAGAUUUCAAGAAAUUAAAACCACCAAAUAAAUAUCAAAACAACUUAACUAGGAAAGAGAAAGAAGCACUUAAAGAUCUAAAGGAAGAUAAAUCUAUUGUCAUAAAGCCCACUGAUAAGGACGGGGGUGUAGUAAUUGGGCAAAAAAAAACUAAAAAUCUGGAAGAAAUUCAUAAACAACUCAAUGAUAGUACAACCUAUUUGAAACUAGAUAGUAAUCCAUUAAAGAGAAUAAAAAGAGAAUAUUAAAUCUUUUUAAAAGAAGGGUUUGAAAUAGGUAUUUUAAACAAAAAAAAUAUAUACAUUUUCAAAAGUUGAUUACCCUAAAAUCCCAGUUAUUUAUAUAUUACCUAAGAUAUAUAAAGAUAUUGUGAACCUCCCAAUGGCCAAUAGUAUCUGGUAUAGAUUCACUUUUAUCCCAGCUAUCACAAUACAUUGAUAGAUUUCUGCAGAAUUUGGUUAAACAGUGCCCAACUUAUCUUAAAGACACAAUGAACCUGUUAAAUAUUUUAAAAGCUUUUAAAUGGGAAAAUUAUGUUAUCAUUGCCACCUGUGGUGUCAGCAGCUUGUACACGAAUAUAGCACAUGAUAGAGGUUGUACAGCUGUAGACAAUUUUUUGGACAAAUUUGGUGACCUUGAUAAACAACAACUGGAUUUUAUUUUGAAGGGGAUCAAUAUGAUUCUAAACAAUAAUUUAUUUUGGUAUGAAAAUCAAUUGUAUUUACAAAUUCAGGGGACAAUGAUGGGGACUAGGUUUGCCCCAAGUUAUGCCAAUUUGUUUAUUUCACAUUGCGAGGAGGCAUUUGUCCUACCUAGCAUUGACUGUGGGGCAAACCUUGUCCUCUAUAAGCGUUACAUUUUUAUUAUAUGGAUAGGGAGUAAAAGUUCCCAGGUGGAUUUUUUAGAUACGCUUAAUUCCAAUGAUUGGAAUAUUAAACUCACUCAUUAAACUACAAUAUUAGCGAUCAAUAUAUUACGUUUUUAGAUUUAGACGUUUUUAUUGAACAGAAUCAGAUCAAAAGUAAAACACAUUUUAAAAAAGUUGAUGUUAACAGUUUUAUUAAUUUGAAAAGCUGACAUUUUAAACCUUGGCUCGCAAAAUGUACCAAAAGGUUAAUUUCUUAGGUUACAGAUAAAUUGUACAGUGUUUAAAGAUUAUCAAGAUCAAUCACUUAUUUUAAAACAGUUUUCAGAAAACUAUUAUUGAUAAUAUUCAGGAACAAAUAGGUUAAGGAUGUGCAUGGGUAAACUAUUCGGUUUGCUUAGUCAUUCCGAAAUUUGGAACUUUGGCACUUCGGUUCGGUUCAGUUCGGGACUUCGAAACUUCGGUACUUCGGAUAUGUUCUCUUGCAACCGCUUAGUAGAUAACUCCCUAAUUCCCACAGUAUUAGGGAGCUAUCUACCAAAAGGCUGAAAGACCUAAAUUGGUCUUUCAGUCAAAUUUACUAAUACUAAGUAAAGAUUAGUUAGUAUUAGUAAAUUCUGCCCAUACUCGCUAUACUGCGAGUAGGGGCAUGUCUAGUAAACAGUGAGCAGCCUGUUGCUCACUGUUAAAAAAAAACAACAACCAAACCCCCCCCCCCAAGUGUCCACCCCCCCUGAGCCCCCACCCGUGCCCUGAUCGGUGGGUGGGGGCCCCUAAAUAACAAUAAGGGGGGGACCUAUUGUCCUGCCCCCGGCCCACACCCCUGAGUGGCGGGUGGGGGCCCUAAAUAAAAAUGUUGCCCCCACCAGGUGACUAGGGGUCCCCAAACCCCUAGUCACCCCCCUCCCAAAAAAAUGAAUAAACCCCUACCUGCCCCCUCACCCUAAAAAUAGUGUUUACUGAAUUUUUAGGGAUAGAAAAAAUCAAAGUCCACUGGAGGGGGGCUUGUAAAGAUAAAAUGUUAAGUAAAUCCGAGAUGAGAUGGAUGUUUAAUCUUGACACUCUAACUCCUGAAGGUUUGAAUGUGGACUUUAAAAUAACUUCAUUUUUGUAACCAUUUGAUUUAUUAAAGGAUCACUAUUGUGUCAGGAAAACAAACCCAUUUUCCUGUCACUAGAGUGCCCUCAGGGUCCCCCUUCCUUGGCGCUGAAGGGGUUAAAACCCCUUCAGCAGCUUACCUUAAUCCAGCGCCGGGCUCCCUCAGCACUGGUGACCUCUCCUCCCAAGCCGACGUCAGCUCCCGAGUGGAGCGGAAUGCGAAUGCGUGGCAAGUGCCACACGCUCAUUCAAACAGUCCAUAGGAAAGCAUUUCUCAAUGCUUUCCUAUGGACGUUCUGCACCCUGGAUGCGAAUUUCGCAUCCAGCGUUGCAGAUGCGCCUCUAGCGGCUGUCAGGAAGACAGCCACUAGAGGCUGGAUUAACCCCUUAAGGACUGGACUGUUUUUGCGAUGUUGUACAUUUGCGACCAGGCAUAUUUUUACACUUUUGUGGUGUUUGUGUUUGGCUGUAAUUUUCCGCUUUCUCAUUUACUGUUCCCAUACAAAUUAUAUAUUGUUUUUUUCAGGACAAAAGGGGCUUUCUUUACAUACCAUUAUUUAUAUAAUCACAUGUAUUUUAAUUUAAAAAAAAUAAAAAAAUAUGAUGAAAAAUUGAAAAAAAUAGAUGUUUUUUGACUUUUACUUGAAAAAUCUUUUACUCAUCUACAAAAGCGAAUGAAAAAAACUGCUAAAUAGAUUCAAAAUUUUGUCCUGAGUUUAAAAAUACCUAGUAUUUACGUGCUUUUUUUUUGCAUGUUAUAGGGCUAUAUGUACAAGUAGGAUAUUGCGGUUUCAAAACAUACAUUUUUAAAAUUUAUCAAUAGUGACAUUGCAACACUAUUAUCUGUCAUAAAUCUCGGAAGAACACCCCACAUGUACAUAUUUUUUUUAAAGUAGACAACCCAGGGUAUUCAAUAUGGGGUAUGUCCAGUCUUUUUUAGUAGCCACUUAGUCGAAAACACUGGCCAAAGUAAGCAUUCAUAUUUGUUUGUGUGUGAAAAAAGUAAAAAAACUAAAUUGAAUGCUAAUUUUGGCCAGUGUUUGUGACCAAGUGGUUACUAAAAAAGACUGGACAUACCCCAUUUGCAAUACCUUGGGUUGUCUUCUUUUGCAAAUGGUAUGCCAUCAUGGGGUAAUUCUCAUUCCUGGGCUACCAUACGCUCUCAAAGGCAACGUAACCAACCUGGCCAUUUUCAAUGUAAAAAUAUUUGACCCAUAUAUUUGACCUUGUAACUUUCAAAAAUGCUAUAAAACCUGUACAUGGGGGGUACUGUUUUACUCGGGAGACAUCGCUGAACACAAAUAUUAGUGUUUAAAAACUGGAAAACGUAUCACAACAAUUAUAUCAUCAGUAAAAAUGCUGUUUGUGUGUGAAAAAUGCAAAAAAAGUAACUUUCACUGACAAUAUCAUCGCUGUGAUAUGUUUUACUGUUUUGAAUCACUAAUAUUUGUGUUCAGCGAAGUCUCCCGAGUAAAACAGUACCAUGUACAGGUUUUAGAGUGUCGUAGAACGUUACAGGGUAAAAUACAGUGGUAGCAAACUAAAUUCUCUGGAAUUUCGGCCUGGGUUGGCAGGCAGGUCCCUCAAAUUGCAAUCAAUAAAAUUACUGAAUUAUGUAAAAAUAUUACAUAAAUACGCACGUAGAAUUUAAAUAUAUAUGCAUAUUUAUAUAUUUGAAGUCUACGUGUAUAUUUAUAUAAUUAUUUAUGUAAUUUUGUAUAUGGACAUAUGUAUAUUUCGUAUUAUUUUUAUUUAUUUAUAUAUACAUAGAUAUAUAUACAAAUUCAUUCUAAGUGUAUUUUGAUAUAAAUAUAUAUAUAUUAAUUUUAAAAUACAGUUAGAAUAAAAUUUCAUAUACCUAUAUAAUUUUUUUAACAUUUUUUAUUAUUAUUUAAAAAAAAAUUAUUUAAUUUAAAUUACUUAUUAUUUAUAUUUUAUAAUAAUAUAUAUAUAUACAAUAUAUAUAGUUAUUAGAUAUAUUAUAUAUAUACGUGUGUAAUUUAAUUAUAAGUGUAUUUUUAUAUUAAUAUAAGUACAUAUUAAUAUAUAAAUACACUUAGUAUGACAUUAUAUAUAUGAUAUAUAGACAUAUAUUAUAUAGAUAUAAUAUAUGUCUAUAUAUCAUAUAUACACCUAUAUAAUUAUUAUUAUUUUUUUAUUAACAUUAACUUUAUUUUUUUAAUUGAUUUUACACUAGCAGGGAGACUGCCUGUCAGCACAGACAGUCCCCCUGCAGGCAGCACUAUGGACACCCAUUGUGACCAUGUGAUCGCAGUGUUGAGCGAUCACAUGGCCACAGGGGUCCUAAUUCAGUGUGGGGAGACUGUCUGGGCUGCAGACAGUCUCCCCACAACCGGAGCCACGCUGAUCGCCACCGGGGGAAUGACGGCGAUCAGGUAAGUAGCUCAGACCGUUAGGACGGUUCAGGACCGUCAUCGGUCGGCAAGCCAAAAAUGCCGAUGACGGUCCUGAACCGUCCUCGGUCGGGAAGGGGUUAAACCUGCUAUGUAAACAUAGCAGUUUCUCUAAACUGCUAUGUUUACAUCUUAAGGGUUAAAACCUGAGGGACCUGGCACCCAGACCACUUAAUUGAGCUGAAUUGGUCUGGGUGACUGUAGUGUCCCUUUAACCCCUUAAGGACACAUGACAUGUGUGACAUGUCAUGAUUCCCUUUUAUUCCAUAAUUUUGGUCCUUAAGGGGUUAAACACUCCUCUAAUUGAUAUAUUUAUUUUUAUAUAUGGGCUUUAUGAAUAUUGGUGUGUUUUAUUAAGAUUAUUAUUAUUUAUCAUUAUAUAUUUACCCUCUUAAGCCCCCUUUUCUCCCCUUUCUUUCCUCUUGUUUAUCAUGUUUGUGAGGACAUUUUUAUCUUAUGGAAUGUUUAUCAUGUUUGUGAGGACAUCUUUAUUUUAUGGAAUGUUUGUUUAUAUAUUUUUUUUGUUUUCAGAGUAAACGCACAAUUUUUAAUUAACAUUACAAGCUAGGUAGAUGCUAUAACUACAUCUGUCAUAAUAAGCUGCUUUAGUGAGUAGGAACAUUAUCUUAAAGUCAAUACUAAUUUUUAUGUCAAAUGUCAUCGCUUUAUUAUCUAAACCUUUCCGCUUCAUUAAAACGUUGCUGUGUAAUACUAAGAUUUAAGUACAGUCGCUUUUAUGGCUUUAAUGAUUUAACCAAGGUGCUCAUACAUAUAAAAUAACACCACUGAAGAAUGUGAUCGCAUUAUAAACAUCAAAUAGGCUUUUGAGCUAGGCUUAUACUUAGAAAACUGGGGGGCAUCAUGCACGAUGCGCUUUAGACUUGACAGCAGGUCCCCUCCUAAGCAGACCUAGUGCUUUAUGACUAAGCAGGUAUAUACAGGGAGUGCAGAAUUAUUAGGCAAAUGAGUAUUUUGACCACAUCAUCCUCUUUAUGCAUGUUGUCUUACUCCAAGCUGUAUAGGCUCGAAAGCCUACUACCAAUUAAGCAUAUUAGGUGAUGUGCAUCUCUGUAAUGAGAAGGGGUGUGGUCUAAUGACAUCAACACCCUAUAUCAGGUGUGCAUAAUUAUUAGGCAACUUCCUUUCCUUUGGCAAAAUGGGUCAAAAGAAGGACUUGACAGGCUCAGAAAAGUCAAAAAUAGUGAGAUAUCUUGCAGAGGGAUGCAGCACUCUUAAAAUUGCAAAGCUUCUGAAGCGUGAUCAUCGAACAAUCAAGCGUUUCAUUCAAAAUAGUCAACAGGGUCGCAAGAAGCGUGUGGAAAAACCAAGGCGCAAAAUAACUGCCCAUGAACUGAGAAAAGUCAAGCGUGCAGCUGCCACGAUGCCACUUGCCACCAGUUUGGCCAUAUUUCAGAGCUGCAACAUCACUGGAGUGCCCAAAAGCACAAGGUGUGCAAUACUCAGAGACAUGGCCAAGGUAAGAAAGGCUGAAAGACGACCACCACUGAACAAGACACACAAGCUGAAACGUCAAGACUGGGCCAAGAAAUAUCUCAAGACUGAUUUUUCUAAGGUUUUAUGGACUGAUGAAAUGAGAGUGAGUCUUGAUGGGCCAGAUGGAUGGGCCCGUGGCUGGAUUGGUAAAGGGCAGAGAGCUCCAGUCCGACUCAGACGCCAGCAAGGUGGAGGUGGAGUACUGGUUUGGGCUGGUAUCAUCAAAGAUGAGCUUGUGGGGCCUUUUCAGGUUGAGGAUGGAGUCAAGCUCAACUCCCAGUCCUACUGCCAGUUCCUGGAAGACACCUUCUUCAAGCAGUGGUACAGGAAGAAGUCUGCAUCCUUCAGAAAAACAUGAUUUUCAUGCAGGACAAUGCUCCAUCACACGCGUCCAAGUACUCCACAGCGUGGCUGGCAAGAAAGGGUAUAAAAGAAGGAAAUCUAAUGACAUGGCCUCCUUGUUCACCUGAUCUGAACCCCAUUGAGAACCUGUGGUCCAUCAUCAAAUGUGAGAUUUACAAGGAGGGAAAACAGUACACCUCUCUGAACAGUGUCUGGGAGGCUGUGGUUGCUGCUGCACGCAAUGUUGAUGGUGAACAGAUCAAAACACUGACAGAAUCCAUGGAUGGCAGGCUUUUGAGUGUCCUUGCAAAGAAAGGUGGCUAUAUUGGUCACUGAUUUGUUUUUGUUUUGUUUUUGAAUGUCAGAAAUGUAUAUUUGUGAAUGUUGAGAUGUUAUAUUGGUUUCACUGGUAAUAAUAAAUAAUUGAAAUGGGUAUAUAUUUGUUUUUUGUUAAGUUGCCUAAUAAUUAUGCACAGUAAUAGUCACCUGCACACACAGAUAUCCCCCUAACAUAGCUAAAACUAAAAACAAACUAAAAACUACUUCCAAAAAUAUUCAGCUUUGAUAUUAAUGAGUUUUUUGGGUUCAUUGAGAACAUGGUUGUUGUUCAAUAAUAAAAUUAAUCCUCAAAAAUACAACUUGCCUAAUAAUUCUGCACUCUGUAUGUCAUUAUUUAAUCACGCUUACAACUUAUGAGUAGCGUCAGAGUCCCGAGUGAGUGUGGUAACCACGACUCCAUUGGUAAGUCAGCUACGCGCCAGGUGGUUCCCGUUAUUGCAGGUGGAGGCAGCACAAGUCAGCAGGGCAUGCGGCUGGGUAAGGAGUGGUGGCGGGCGCUCUCCGGGUAGCGUUUAGUCCCAGUGUCAGUCCAUGCUGGGUAGAUCUUCACCGGUUCUUUAUGUUGGGUCUUUGAGUCCUGGGUGGAGGUAUGGAUGUGGUCAGAACCGGAUAUCUCCAGGUCCCUUAGUAUGCAGUGCGUCGGUGUGUGGUGCGGUGGAUAUGGCCUCUCGCCUCCACUUGUCGUUGGGCUUUCACCCCUGCGCUGUCUCCCUCCAGGUCAUGGCUGUGGGAUGUUGUUGCUGAUCUUUCCAGCCACCGGCACUCCUGGCAGCUCAACACUUGUUGACGACAGGGAUUUCCCCGAUGCUGCCUGCCACCAUUUUACGUGAGCGGAGUGCUGAUGCCUCCUCCUCCUGGCCGUGCCCGCUCGGCAGGGCUCGUGUGCAGGUGUUCGGGCUUGUGUGGGCGCCCUGGUAGACCGUGGUGACCCCCAACGGUCCGGGGGAAGGGGGAGAGGUUCAGCGUCUGCAGGACGUCGGGACUGGUGGACCAGCCGCGUCCCCAGCCCCGCAUCAACUGCUAGGCCGCAAGUCGGACCUGCCUCGGCUCGUGCCUCCGGAGAGCUUGUAGUGCCUCUGUCCCGUUCCCAUUGAUGGUUCUGUGAUGUGGGUGGCCAUGGGACCCAUUUAACUUGUCUGGGUCAGGGUACAGGGGGCCUAAAGUCAGCCGUUUGCUGGGAGCUCUGGGUGCAUACGACUUCUCUGCAUGGCGGUCAAGCUCCGCCACCCUGUUUAUUUAUAUUUUAAUGAAUUAUAUAUAUUGCUUUUAUGGAUGUAUUAUGCCAACUCUUCUUCCAAUUAUUAGAAUGUAUAGAUUUGAUCUAUGUUGGACUUUGUUUACAAGUUAGCGCACAUUUGUCGGAUCUAACUUCAUCAUGUGAUCGGAUAAGCUGGAAAUACAUCACCAACUAGAGACGUGCACUACCCGCUGACCAGGAAAUGAUGCACCCGGAAGUAACUUACCCAGAUACGGCGAAGAUCACAGGCGGAGAGAGAAAACACGCUUUUUUGGGAUAUUUAAAAAAAAAUAAAGAACAGUGAGUUUAAGACAUUACCAAGCACUUCGAGAAAGACUGUUGUCGAAAUGCGUCAGUCCGGUUGUUUAUGAGAGAUCUUUUAUUUUACAAUAUAUUUUUAACAUUCUUAUUAAAGUUUGUUCUGGCUACCUUUACCAACCCCCCUUUUUUUGGUGUUUACUGAUAACCUGAAGGGAAGUUUUAGUAUCCAGCGGAAUAUUCCAGUAUCUGAUUCCAGUACUUGAUCUCAGCAACCAACUACAUGUAUCCCAAGGCGCUUAAAGUCUGAGCCCACUACAAACGGCUCAGUACCACGUGAUUGAGACCAAUUUGCUUUCACUUGUUUUAAACUAUUUUAUACAGAUUUCACUAUGAUCUGUUGUCUAUUGUUUUUUUAGGUUAUAUCCUCUUUUAUGGUAACUUGCAUGUUUGUGAUAUUUUAUACAUUUUUGUGUGCUCUUAUCCAAUUGUUUAUUCACUUUUAGUACUGUAUUCUGUGUGGUUUGGGUGACACACACAGGUGAUUGGAGCAUUUUUCCUUAUUUUUAACCUUUUUUAUCUAUUGUUAUUAUAUGAUCUAUAGUCUCUCUUUUUCUCUCAGCAUCCUGAUAUGUAAGGAUAAGCUGUAGUCUUUGGUUUGUAUCUGCUGAGUCUACAUAUUUCAACACAGUUUGUAAGUAAGAAUCCAAGGGAUCUCCAGAUCUCGACACAUCAUGGACAAAAGCUACAAGUAUUUUCCUCUUUGCAGUGCUUGUUGUAUAUCAUAAUCCACCAGUGCUUGUAAUAGCUCCUCUUUUGUUUUUCCCCGACUUGAAAUAGAUCUCUCCCGGCAAAGCUGGUCUAGCACUGCCUUGGACUGCAGUUGGUACUCCAUUUAGUAAAUAAAAGAUAGCCAGGAAAAACAGAGAAGUAGGCGGGACUGUUAAAGGUUGAAAUAUAUUAUAUAUGCACUGAGUUCACCCUUUGGAAAUUGAGACACAACUUAUUUUAGUGUCUGGAUUAACGAGCCAAUCCAGCAACACUAAAAUCUGGUACAAAAAGAUGAAAAAUUUUUUAGUUAUCCCACACUAUGCCACCAAUUUAUCACGAACGCACCCUACUUCAAGAGUGAGCGUGACGUAGUUGUGGUGGUGAAAGGGUUAAAGUUCACUAUUUGCCUGCACAAGACCGGAAAUUAUGAUAAAAUCCCACUUACCAUCCACACUUAACCAUAACAAUAUAGAAAUUAGGAUAAAAUGACAGAAGUCCUAAUCACUUACUCAUUUUUUUAAAGUAAAACUUCUGCCCAGGGGGUCUCUGGCAAGGAAGAUGGUGACUCACUUAAACUAGAUUUUGGCUCCAAGCAAGUACAAUACACAUUUCAAUAGCAUUGGAUAUAUACCCUGUGGAUUACCAAGGUGUGCCUCUAGAAACAAUAAGUGACCACUCCGUUGUGUUCCAGACCAACAUCAAUCCAAAUAGAAACUUUUUCUUCUAUCUCCUCUUUUGUACGUGCCACCGAAAUAAUAAUUGCAUCUAUGAAUUUGUUACCAUCCAUAGAUACGUCACACUUCUUACUUGUGACCCUCUAUAGCGGACAUCACAAUCCCUUCCCAUAUGAUUAAGUUAGGCCAAUAAUGUUUAGGCUUGAUUAGAAGAUUGUGCUGGUCCCAUUCUAAAUAUAAUAAAAAUGAGGCUUAAUUAUUAAUCUGUGGUAAAUAUUAAUGUUUCGUUUGGAUCUGAUACUGGAACACAAGGGUUUUUUUCUUAAAAGCUAAUGAUCAUUAACACAUCAAAUAAAUUAACCCAUCAAUUAAAAGUUACAGGCCAUAUGGUUGAAGUCAGUUAGUUUACAUUGGAACUAGACAUACAGGCUCUUCAAGUGUAGAAUUUCACACCUUGCAGAGCCUUUGAUUAAUAAAAGGAUAAAUCCAUGUUGUAAGCCAAUCAUUUCAAACAUGCGGCCCACAAUGGAUAUAUUUGCGACCCAUCUGCCCUGGGGCCACUUUGUGUUGUAUUCCUGUCUGAUUCAUGUUUUCCCUACCAUGGCCGAUCGCGUGCUCCUGCAGGCCAGUCACUCCCCCUUCCCUCCUGCUCGCAGUGCCAGAGGAGUAUCUGGCCUGCUUGAGCAGAGAAGAGCAGGGCUGGAACUAGAUGAUGGGCUGCUCAUCUUAAGGUAGGGGAAGAGGGGUUUGGGAGACCUUCCUGUGUAGUGUGCUAAAUUGGGGAGGGGGGACAGUGUAUUAAUUUGAGGGAGGGGGCACUGUAGUAAUUUGGGGGAGGGAGAAGGCCAAUGUAUUAAAUUGGGGAGGGGGCCAGUGUAUUAAUUUGGGGGAGGGAGGGGGAAGUGUAUUAGAGUGGUGGGAGGGGGCAGUGUGUUAAAAUGGAGGGAGGACAGUGUAUUAAACUAGAGUGCUGGGAGGAGGGGCAGCUUCUUAGAUUAAGAAGCCAUGUAUUAGAAUGGGUGGAGAGGGCAGUGUAUCAGAAUGGGGGGAGGGAGCAGUGUAUUGGAUAUGUGGGCAGUAUAUUAGAAUGGACGGAGGGGGCAGUAAGAUGCUGAUUGGCCACGCAGCUUUUUACCACACAUCCACACUAGCCUCCCAAUGCUUUCCUGUGGGAAAGCAUUGGAUUGGCUGAGAUCAUCAAGUUUGAAUAUUUUAGCCAAAGAGAAGAACACACUCAUAGGACUUCAAAAUCAACAAGAUAACGUUAUUUGUUUUUUUACAACUGUGCAACCGCAUACAUUCAGCAUUUCAGUCCCAUUACCAAACUUUUCUUAAUAUGUCAGGGUAGUUGGGCUAAUUCAUUGGUUAUAUGUAAAUGCACGUCUCCGUAAAAUAAAUUUGCUCUUUUGUUUACUUUGAAGCCCUAUGAGUGUGAGGACAUCCAGUGUCUGUUAGGCAACUUUUUUUAUACUGUACUUUUCUAAAUAAACCUACGUCUCUGUGAAAACUGAAGUUUUUGUUUUUUUGCAGCCCAUAUAAACUUAAACCUUGUUUAUUUUAAACGUGUUAGCCUUUGAGUUUGACAUGGUUGUUGUAAGCCAUCUGACCCUUUUCACAUUCCUAUGCAAUUCACAUUACCCCUUCUGUCAUCUGACCUCUACUAAGUGGCCAAUUCAUAUAUGCACUACAUUAAUUACAUUAAAUGGCAAUAUUCUAUAGUGCAACAAUGAAUUAUGCACCCUUGGCGUGACAAUCAGAAUUGACAAUCUCAGCCAAUCCAAUGCUUUCCUAUGUGGAAGCAUUUUAAUUGACUGAGAUCAUCACUUCUGAUGAUGUUAGCAAAAGAGGCAGAUCAGGGACAGAGACAGCCCCAGCAGACUAGAAUAAAGCUAAGAUAUUACUAUAUUUAGGGAGACUAGAUAGAAUUGCACUUGCUAGCCAGCCACCACAACAAGAAGGUGUAAAAUAAUAAUAAAUAAGACUUAUACGGCCCCCUUGAGUAUCAAAGAGGAGUAUGCCGUUAAAGACGUCCUUUUCCUAUAGAAGGAGCUAUGCUGCAGUAUUCUCCAGAUGUCACCUCAGCCGAUCAAAUCUCCAAAUAGGUAGUAGAGCUCUUACAAGAGCUAGUGAUUAGUUGUGAAGCAGGUUCCCUACAAGCACGAGACAAGGCUACGUGUUGAGGGUUAGGCAGAACUGAUUGUUAAUGGGGCCACACUGGCCUUUUAUGCAACUUUUCCCAACAAGGAUGACACCCAGGUGGACCUUGUUGGGCACAGGGACACACAGUGAACCGCCAAUAAGCAUAGAGUCAGACAGAGAGACACACCAUACCUUACACACAUUCCCUCCCCUCUGCUUGGGAGAUAUUUGAGUUAAUUACUGUAUCAACUCAAUUAUCUCCAAAUGAAAAAGAGGGACAAUUUUAUGCAUUUCUAGAAGCACCCUGGAAUAACAUACAUCUCCUGAUAACCCCUAUCUGGGGGAACAACAUAUUUAAAAAUCAUUCAAAUCGGUUCAGGGGUUCGAAAGUUAGGUGGAAGUCCCAUUUCUGCCCUGCCACGCACGAGGAUCCUGCCCAGAAUAGUUCCAUGAAUUCAGCUGGUGCGGCUGGUCUCUUUUGUGCAGGGUAAAAUGUCGAACAAUAGUUCAACUACUCGUUCAUGCGUACGAUGGUCGUGUGCCUCUUACCGUGUUACCGAAUGCCGCCUUCUUCGGAUGAAUGAAUAUGAAUCUAAGUGGUCCUGGAAGUCUCAGCUGUGUUCAGGCCAUCGAGUGUCUGAAAAUAGUUCCAGACACUUGACGACCAAACCCCGCUGGAUGCGUUCGACAAAACAAGAUGGCCACCGCCACGUGUUCGUGCAUACGAAUCGACAGCCACCCAGUGAACCACUUAGAAUGUUAGAGUUGCAGUUUGUAAUAGUGUCAAAUAAGUCAAUUGACUGCACAUGACUGUCUUGGGUGGUCGAAAGGUUCGGUAAAACGUUCGGUAUACAAAUUAGCUGGGUAAAGUUUGUUUGUUUCAAUUCGUAUAUCGUUUUAGGUGAAUGGUAGUGUAAAUAAAUAGAUAGCAAUAAAAUUAGAAAUCCAACAAACAGGGCAUCUGUUACAAGGGGUCUGUAUGAGUAGUCAACCAUAUUGAUUUGCCCCAUUCAGUAUGGACCAUUCAGACUUUAGUAAAUUACUGUUUGAAUUAAUCACUGCAAGCAGCAAAUAGUUGCUCGGACUCCUUGAGAUGGGUUGACAAUAAAAAUCAGCCUCAACCAGAAUUAUGGAUUAAAAAAAAAAGGGUCUUAUAGACUUAAAUAAUAGACAUAUACGAGAAAAUGUAAUUUAAUUAAUACAAAAAUGGUGAUUCACAAAAUAGAAUGGAAAGAGUCUGGGAAUUUUUAAGUAUUCCCUUAGUUUUCCAUUUUUAUUUUAUUCAUGAAAAUGUAGAGCUAAACAAAUAACUGUAUGUACAAGUAAAAUGUAUGAAAAGUAACUAGGUAGUAACUUAUAACAUUGCUAUACUUGUUAGAUUACCUAAUGUCUCAUUAUUCUAAAUUUUAAUAUUAUAGUCAGUAAUAAUUAUAGAUCUGUUCAAUAAUAAUUACUUAUGAAUAAAGGGUUGAUGCACAAUCAAUUUGCCAUAGCAAUUAAGCUUGCUACAUAGAAUCUAAGGACAGCUAGUUGGUAGCAGUUCUGUUUCAAUGUGAAUUCUCAAUACUAUGUUUAUUUUUUCAUUUAGGACUUGGCUACAGCCUUAGCUUCUUCCCAAGCCUCACCAUUUUGUCACAGUACUUUGACAGGCGCCGGUCCCUGGUUAUUUCUGCUGCAACCACAGGGGAAUGUUUUGCAGUCAUUGUAUUUGUUCCAGGUAAGAUCUAUAAUUAACUAGUGUCUGCCCUCCCUAAAGUAACAAUAACCAACGGGUCAGUGCACAUGGACCAGAUUACACCUGUGGGAAUUUUGCAAUACAACCGUUUGAAAGUCCACCGCAUUUAACCUGUCCAGCUGCAACAAAAUGGCAAAAAUAAGGACCCAGAUGCUAAAAAUCUGGACUAUUUGUUCCCUAGCAGCUCUAGAUGUCAGCAAGGAAAUCAUUAAAAACUUCAAGGUAGUACAAUGUUUAUGUAUGUGGAGACUGGCCAGUACAAUAGACAGCAGCCACUGGGAAUUUUUUUUUCUUAUUUUAUCAGUCACCUGGCUUACUCCUAGUUUAAGCAUUCCCUGUAAACAUUGUGCAACCAUCUACUUUUCAACUGUCAAUACCUCAUCAAAAGUGUUACCUACCAUGCUUGCGGUCACAUGACCGGUAACCCCAUCACUCCUGCGGCAUCAUAGGUUUUCCCCUUUGAUAACGCCUUUGUGGGCAUCAUCUGAGUAUUUUGAAGUAGUGGUCAUGUAACCACAUUGAUUGGGAAUCACAUUUCUGUGUGAUUCCAAGUUUAACCUCCAAGUUUUUUUAUUCCUACGUGGGGCUAUUAUUUACAUGUUUUGUUAAUUAUGUUAUGCUCCCCCUCUUUGAGAGCUAAUAUUAUCUCUAAUGAUAUCAUUGUGUCAGGAAAUGGACAUGUGAUCUCUCAUGAGGAAUUUUAUUUUUGUAGUAACCAGAAGUACCAAACCAGUUUAGUUUGUCAUAUUGUGUUUUGUAAUUGAAUGAUUUAAUUCUAUUUUAGUUACAUAUAAUUAUAUCCUUAUUGUACUGUCACUAUUGUGACAGAACACCCUGUCACUGAAAAUACUCGUAUUCGUAUCCUUUUUCCGUUCCCGUUCGGUAACUAAACAAAACCACAAAUUUUCUAUUUUUAUACCCCCUGUACUCAGCCCACCUUGAAGCCCGUUAACCCUACUGACCUCUCUUGACACCUUCAUCAUCGGUUCACACCUAAUUGUUUCAAGUGUUCUGCUGGGUGGCCGCCAUUCACAUGAACGAACACGUGGGAACUGAGUCAGAGGCCAUCUUGUCGCAUGAAAGCAGGCAGUGGUGUUCGAACGUCGAGUGUAUAGAACUAAAAUUGGACAGACUAACUCGCGAACACCGCUGAACUUCUAUCCUCACCUGCUCCCUUUCCAAACAUCUCAGGAGAGCGCUGUUCGGUAGGAUUGUUCGCAAAAACUAGGUGAACAAUAGCUACAUAGGAACAAGAUAAUCUGUUUGGUGCUUUAUUCGUUUUGGGACUCCCGAAAGUGACCAACCACCUCCACUUUUCCUCUGGAACUAUUUUGGGCAGACAACACGUGUGCGGUCAGUCAACACUUUACCCCGGUGGCGACUCCGCUGUAUUCGUGGGAUCUAAGCCCUAUUUGGACACUUUGGGCGCUCAGAUCCAGGCUAUUUGGGUAUAUAGGACUUGUAUCCCCAAGGGGUCCCUUGUAAUAUUGUAUUUGUUUUGGGGUGUUAUGUGUUUUAUACAUGGUACCUCUGUGCCUGGGAGAUAAUUAGUUUAAGCAAAGUACACUCAGUUAUCUCCCAGACACAGGGACACCGGUGAGGAGUUUGUAUUGAACUGUACCCUGUGUAUAAAUUGUAUGUACCAUACCCCAUUAAACCAGUUCACUCCCAGCAUUAUGUCUUGGCUAAUGUCUGUGGGGGAAAGCUAUAAUCAUUCAGCUUGCUAUAAUCACUCAGCAGCUAUAACCACUAAAUCCAGCGCACCAGAGUUCCAGAGAGGGGGAAAAGGAAAUCCUUGGCGGCGAGACCCAAGUCCCUAUCUGGUGGCCGCCACAUCUAGUGGCAGCUGUGUGGUGGUUCUUUUCCCCAAGAGUGGAUACAGUGUUCGGGAGCUCUGGUGACUGAAAGCCCCACUCCACAGCCAGAACGUAGGAAGGUACCUUUCACAGCCUUCAAAGCAUUUCAAGAGACAGACGAGAUUGAUGGAAAUCUCGCAGAUUUUGAAAGGCAGUGCGCUCUACACAAAGUACCAGAGGAUGACUGGGUAAUGAUACUGGCUGGAAAAUGAUCAGGAUGAGCUGCUGAGGUAUUCUGGGCCAUACCAGAUGGGGAGAUUCAUCAGUAUGAAAGAUAGAAAGAAGCCCUGCUAGCCAGGUAUGCAGUCACCCCUUAAGCAUACCGCAGGCAGUUUAUGGAAUUGCGAAAGCAGGAUAAAGACUCCUAUGCAGAAUGCCGCCUCCACAGAGAUGCCUUAUACUGGAUAUAGGGUGCCCAGCCUUGUCGGGAGAGGAUAUCCUACAAUUAUCCUUAAUGGAACAUUUUUUUAACCUACUUAACCCAGAUCUGAGAAAGGAGACUGCACACUUUACCAGAGGCUGCCCGCCUGGCAGAUGUAUACACAGACACUUGAAAAACUGAAUGACCACCGGUAAGACCUAACCCGCACCGAAGUUGCUGCUCCAGGAACCUCCAACCAACUUCAACCACCUUACAUGGGACCACCUGGGAACCAAACAGCACCAACAAAAACCGGGCCCAGAUGCUUCCGAUGCCAGCAACUAGUGCAUGUAAGGUGCAACUGCCCACUGAAACCCCCAAGACCCUCGUGGGGUCAUACCAACCCUGUACCACCCAGGGCCACAGCCCACUGCUUAGAAGCAGAGAACACGUAUCCCUCAAAAGAGUCCCAGCCUAUACCAGAAGAAUCCUCGAGAGUAUUACAUGAAGCUGAAGGCUGCUACCAUGGACAACCGUCAACAACAUAGGCAGUUGGUCCUUGUAAACAGACAAACGGCUAGGGAACUGAGAGACACCAGAGCUACCCUGACAUUAGUACAACGCCACUUGGCUCAGGACAAUGAACAUACUGGGUAAUCUGUGGCCAUUAGGGUAGCCGAGGGAGCUAUCUACAGACUACCCACUGCCCGAGUUCACAUGGAUUGGGGAGCUGGAUGCAGUACUGUGAACGUGGGGAUUAUGAAAGACUUGCCCACGGAGGUACUGCUCGGGAGUGAUUUGGUGACCCUUACCUCAGCCUACAUUACCAGGAACCCUGCGGAAGCUCAUCCAGUAAUGACUCAUCUUCAAGCCCGGCUGGCUCACGUUCUGAGGAGAUCCAGGUAAGAGACGACUCCCCAACCCUGACAGGAGACCUGGCCUAGUUAGCUUGGGACACCCCAGAGGAGUUUGGGAGGGAGGCAAGGGAAGACCCACACAUCCAAAAGUAUACGACCCAGGCAGACACUGAACAAGGGGGUUUAGAGAGGGAAAAGUUUAUUUGGGAACAGGACAGGCUAUAUCAGUUAACAGAGAAUCAUAAUAGAGGGGCAGCCCCAUCCCAGAAGCACCAGCUUGUAGUUCCCAGGAAGUCUCAGCUGGAACUCCUGCGGAUCGGACACAAUGUACCUUUGGCAGAACAUCUGGACAUAGGCUGGACGUCUCAUAGAGUAACUCAGAACUUCUUUUGACCGGGAAUCAAGAUGUUCAGCAGUACUGACAAACUUGUGAUGUUUGUCAACGGAUGGGAAAGAGAUCACCCCAAGGCUCGGCUGCAGUCCAUGCCGAUCAUUGAGGAACCAUUCAGCUGAAUAGCGGUCAAUAUAAUAGGAACCCUAGCGAGACCUAGUCCCUCCAGUAAAAAGUAUAUACUUACCAUAGUGGAGUAUGCUACCCGCUAUCCUGAAGCAGUCGCUUUGACUAACAUCCAAGCAGAAACCGUAGCAGAUGCACUGAUCUGGAUAUUCUCUGAAAUAGGUUUUCCCAGGCAGAUCCUUUUGGAACAGGACACCCAAUUCACAGCAGACAGUACUCAUCAGUUGUGUAAAGUGUGUGGGAUAAAACCCAUCCUGAGUUCUCCCUACCACGCCCAGACCAAUGGUCUCUGUGAGCGGUUUAAUAGCAUACUCAAGCAAAUGUUGCGAAUGCUCACCGCCGCUUGCAGAGACUGGGAGAGAUUCCUACCCCAUCUCUUGUUUGCUUAUCGAGAGGUACCGCGGGAAUCCACCGGGUUUUCCCCUUUUGAACUAUUUGGGAGUAGGGUACGAGGACCCCAUCGAUCUCAUUAUGGAGCACUGGGAAGGGGAAACUGAGCGGGAGGGAACCCACAUAGUGCAUAUGUGCUGGAACUCUGAGACCGCAUGGAACAGUUGGCUAAGAUGGUAAAAGAGAACCUCCACGUGGCUCAGGGGCAAAAGAAAGCAUGGUAAAAUUGGAGUACCCGACAGCAUAGUUUUCAUGUGGGACAAAAGGUUCUAGUAUUCUAUUGACCUCCAGCAGCUGUCAGCUGAUAUUGAUUCACAACUGCUAUCCAUCCCUUUCCUCACCUGUCCCUCACCUCUACCUUGAACGCUGCAGCCCCGCUCUAAACAUGCACCUUGAGGAGGGUACGCGCCCAACCGUGGCAUACUAAAUCAAGACGCUACUUGCAAAGAUGCUCCCGUUGUGCUGAACGCUCAUGGAGUAAGUCUUGCAGCCUGGCAGACUUUCACCAUUAUAAAUUCAUAUUGUGUUCAUACAGCGCAGCCCUUGUCCUCGCCAAACAGUCAUACUUUUCCUCUCUCAUUAGUUCAUGCUCCUGCAAUCCCAUGCGUCUCUUUGACACCUUUAACUCUCUUCCUCACCUUGCUGUGGCCACCCCCCAAACUAACCUUACAGCCAAUGCUUUGCAUGCUACUUUACCGACAAGAUUGAACCGCUAAGGAAAGAAUUCCCCCACCAGUGGAAACAUUUUUUUGAAUGCUGGAAAGAGCUUCUCAGGGCUAUUUAAAGGAACACUAUAGUCACCUAAAUUACUUUAGCUAAAUAAAGCAGUUUUUGUGUAUAGAUCAUUCCCCUGCAAUUUCACUGCUGAAGUCAUUGUCAUUUAGGAGUUAAAUCACUUUGUUUCUGUUUAUGUAGCCAUAGCCACACCUCCCCUGGCUAUGAUUGACAGAGCCUGCAUGAAAAAAAAACAAAAAAACUGGUUUCACUUCCAAACAGAUGUAAUUUACCUUAAGUAAUUGUAUCUCAAUCUCUAAAUUGAACUUUAAUCACAUACAGGAGGCUCUUGCAGGGUCUAGCAAGCUAUUAACAUAGCAGGGGAUAAGAAAAUCUUAAUUAAACAGAACUUGCAAUAAAGAAAACCUAAAUAGUGCUCUCUUUACAGGAAGUGUUUAUGGAAGGCUGUGCAAGUCACAUGCAGGGAGGUGUGACUAGGGUUCAGAAACAAAGGGAUUUAACUCCUAAAUGGCAGAGGAUUGAGCAGUGAGGCUGCAGGGGCAUGUUCUAUACACCAAAACUGCUUCAUUAAGCUAAAGUUGUUCAGGUGACUUUAUAUGUUUUUAGUGUCCCUUUAAUAGAGUGAGAAUUCAGAGUGAAUUUAAAAUUUAAGGCCAAAGUAGCUGAACUGAAGGCAUUCCUGCUUAAAGGACAACUAUAGUGCCAGGAAAACACACUUGUUUUCCUGGCACUAUAGUGCCCUGAGGGUGCGCCCACCCUCAGGGUCCCCCUCCAGCCGGGCUCUAGGGGGAGGAAGGGGUUAAAUUUACCUCUUUCUCCAGCGCUGGGCGGGGAGCUCUCCUCCUCCUAUCCGGCUAAUUGCGCAUGCGCGGCAGGAGCUGCGCGCGCAUUCAGCCAGUCCAUAGGAAAGCAUUCACAAUGCUUUCCUAUGGACGCUGGCGUCUUCUCACUGUGAUUUUCACAGUGAGAAGCACGCAAGCGCCUCUAGCAGGCGGUCAAGAGACAGCCACUAGAGGCUGGAUUAACCCAUUUAUAAACAUAGCAGUUUCUCUGAAACUGCUAUGCUUAUAAAAAAAAAAGGGUUAACCCUAGGUGGACCUGGCACCCAGACCACUUCAUUAAGCUGAAGUGGUCUGGGUGCCUAUAGUGGUCCUUUAAGGAAUUUUCUAGUUCACCUAUUUUUAAAAUGAAAAGUGACAUUAGAAAGAGCCUCACGUUAUAUGGAUCUAACAUGGACACAACAUUAGAAUUUCAGUGCUAUCUAGUAGUUUAUAAUGCUGUUGUCAAGCAUUUGUGACCAGCCCUCUUUUACUUUAAAUAAAAAAGGUGUGUUUAAAAUGGCUUUGCCACCUGAAAAGUGUCUUAACAUAAAUCUGGUCUAAAAAUGUUUGGUCAUAGAACUACUUUUCAGCAGACUGCAAAGCACAAUUAUAUGGAUAAUGACUGAAUGCUAGUGACUUGCAAACCUAAUAACAAAAAUAGCCAAGUUGUGACUAUACAUUUCUUUUUAUUUUUAUUUUUUUUAAUGCGGUUUGCAAUUCACAGUUUGGUGAGUAAACCCAACAACAAACAAAACUGUGGUGAAUUCGGGAACAGUUCUGCAAAUUGGGAACUGUGUUUCAACUCAAUAUUGAUCCCAGUUUGGCAAUUUUUGACUUAAGCACUGUAAAUUCCAUUUCUAGCUAAUCAUUGCUCCUUUUAUUAUUAUUAUUAUUAUUAUUGACACUUAUAUAGUGCCAACAAAUUCUGUAUAAACGAAUACUAAUAUGAAGAACGUUUUAAGGCUUUUAACUAAAAACAUAUUGUGAGAUUUAUAUUUUUCUGAUGACUGUUUCCCACUUACAUGCUCAUAAUGGUUUUUUCUUUUCUUUUCAGCUUAUACUGCACUUAUGCAAUACAAGGGCUGGAGAAUUUGCCUGUUCGUCAUCGGAGCUCUGCAACUUAUCAUCAUGGUUUGUGGAUUCUUGCUACAGCCAAUCAUUAUUAUACCAGAGGAAGACCCAAAACAACAUUCAGACAUUGAGAAGCUUGAUAAUAAGGACACACUCAUUACUAUAGACGUCACAGAUUCUGUAGACAAUUCAAAGGCAAAGACUGACAUGCCCAAAGAGGAGAAGAUGCUUGAGCCAGUAGAGUCUGAAAAGGAUGAGCUUGUACUUGAUUUUUCUGUAUUGAAAAAUACCAGCUUUAUAUUUUACACACUAUUUGGAUUAUUUUCUGUCUUUGGCACUUCUGUACCUCCCCUAUUCAUUAUCCCUUACAGUGUAAGUCUGGGCAUACCUGAAGAACUUUCAACACGCAUCCUUAUCUUCAUGGCCUUUGCUGAGCUCCUUGGAAGAAUUAGUGCAGGCUUUAUCAUGCACAAGGAGCCAAUAAAUAAGAUUUACAUUGAACUGACAUUUGUCAUCCUGCUGUGCCUAGCUCUUGUUGCCAUCCCUUUUGCUCAGACUUUUCUGGGACUGAUGGCAUGUAGCUUCUUUUACAGCUACAUGAUGGGAGCUGUUGCAGCAACUUACAUUCCGCUGAUAGGGGAAAAGGACAUUGUUGGCAUCGAGAAGAUGGAAUCAGCAGUUGGAGUCUUUGUCUUUAUUCAAAGUUUCACAUCCCUGACGGGACCCCCAUUAACAGGUAACUAAUACAAUUUGUUAUAAUAAUUUUUUUUAUCUCAUGAAUUCACGCAACAAGACAAGCACUUGAAUAGCACCAGCUGUGCAUGGGCCAGCACUGGGCAUCCUUUGAUCUUCCCUGUUGGCCUCUGCCAAUGCCCACUCCAAAAUUUAAAAUAAUGACAACCUGCAAAACUCUGAGUGUCUUCACAGGGCUUGUUACCUUGUGCCAUGAUAACAGAAACAUAUAUUGUCUACAAUGAUUAGAGUCACCCUAUUUUGAGUAUUUGAAUGAGCUAUGCAACACUGCGAACCCUGCAAUAUGACAGAUGUGACUGUUUUAGUCAGUCCAGCAUCCUCUGGAAAACUGUUUAUAAACUCCACAAGUAUCAGGCGCUGUGUGAAUGUGUAAUAAUUACAUCUGACUCAGUGCCUGCUCAAUAGUUCAUAGUCCUAGUCUGGACAAAGGGAUUUUUAUACAAAAAAAGCAGGAAUGUUUGCACUGAUGGAGCAAACACUGGGGCUAAGAAUUCUGUGAAAUAUAUGUUUAAAUAGCUGGCUAAAAUCAGCAGGUCUAAAUGUUUUGUAAAUAUUGAUAGGAAUGUAGGCACCUGGGAAAUCAGGCCAUGUUCUAUCCCUUUUGUAGCAAGAUAAGUAUCAGAAGCACUGAGAAGUUUUAAUAGAGGUACAGAUAGAGUGAAAAGUUUAGUUUAACAUAAGUACAAGCUAUGUCUGCAGUAGAUUAUAUGGCUGAAAGUAAUGUUUCUACUUUUUUUGUUUUAUUUUCUUUUAUUUAGGUGUACUGGUGGACAAAACAAAAUACUAUGGGUCUGCAUUUUACUUCAGUGCUGUCGGGAUGGCACUUGGUGCUAUAUGCUUGGCCAUUGUAAAACCUUCUCAGAAUGGCUUGUGCAAGAAUGACGCACCAGCUACACAAGACUCAGCUGAAUUCCAAGAUGCGCAAGACAUGCCAAUAAACAUUGCAGUAGUAGAUGAAAACCCGUCAGGAACUGAGGAAAACUCCAGUACUAUAGAGAUGGAACUAUGUGCCAUAGUAAGACCUUGCAUUAAUGGACAGUGCAAGAAAAAGUCACCCGAUACACAAGACUCCACUGAAUGUCAAGAUGUCCAAGAUUUGGCGAUAGAAACCCCAGAAAUGGAUGGAAACCUGUCAGCGGAUUGA